GAGCAGACGGUCAGUGUGGCUUAGGCUUCUGCGGCUGGACGGUGGUCAAUUUGUGUUCUUUUCGCUGGAUUUUGCAAUUGCAUCGUAAAUCAAUUAGAGCAGUGUUGAGGAGAACGUGACUUGAAGUGCGAAUAUCCGAACGGUUGUUGCGAUUAGGACCGACUUACAACUGAAGGUUCUAAAAUAUCUGUUAAGGUUUCCAGAUCACAAUGAAUGACUGUCGAAUUCUGGUCGAUGUCGACUGCAGUCGCUUCGAGGAUGACGCCUUCUCACUGCUGGACAAAUCGGCCGAGGUCAACGUGGUUCGCGAUCUCAAGUCCUCUACGGUGGCGACGUUUGAUCGAACGAGCUUCCCUCACCUGAGCACCUCUUCGCGCACCCAGCUCAAACAGCAGUUGCUCCGCGAGCAGGUCAAGAGCUAUGACCUGGAUAAAAGCCCCUCACCUUCGCCGUCGGUCUUCUCCGUCAAACUUCCGCUGGAGAACAUGGACAUCGACCUGCCGAAAAAGGUGCUCCAGGUUGAAACCCGUUUGGAGAAUCCCACUCGCUACCACGUGAUACAAAAGCAGAAAACCCAGGUCCGGGAGUACGUUACGGCCGCACUCAAGCUCACCAAGCAAACCGUACUGCGCGAAGCGAAACACUCCCGGCUGUUGAUCCUGAGCAAGCUGUACGAUUCGUUCAUCAACACCAAACCGACCUCGACGACGACCACCUCCAGUGGCGGAAAUACGUCGAACAAUUCCAUUAUCCAAGCUCCAAGUUCUACGGCUAGCGUGGUGGCCAAUACCCUGGAGCAGCAACAGGAUUGGCGUCUGGAGAUGAAGCUGUCGGCGCGCUUCGGAAACCGGGUCUACCAAUCGUUCAUCGACGAGUUCGAUUACAUCCGGGAUUUGCUGUGCCUGAUCCGCUUCGAGAUCCCCAAGUGGGUCUUCGUGGUGACGGAGUUCGAGAGUGAGAUUUCUUCGUUUCAGAACACCAAGACCAUCGGGGUGGAGGAACUGCUGGCCAAGCAAACGCUGGCCGCCGAGAAGAACUCCAAGCACGAGAAGUUCAUCGAGCCGGAAGUGCGCGACCGCAUCAAGAAGGAUAACCAUAACUGCAGUAGGUAUCGGGGAAGGGAGGGCGUUGGAUAACGGUUUGUUUUUUCCCUUGGCAUUAUAAGUAGUUUUUAAGGUUCUGCACAUCAAUCUAUGUUAGUUUGGAAGGUUCUGCACAUCAUAUAUUUUUAGCAUAUAAGGUUAUUUCGUUAAUUUCUUUUACUUUUCAGCCUCUUAUAUAGCGAUAACCAAUGAUCUUGACUUUUGCAAUUUUCGUUAUCUAGGUUUUCAAAAUGCUAAUAAGUGUUUUUCAGAUUUCAACUUCGGAGAAAAGGAGGAAACGAUAACUAGUGCAAAGUGGUGGAUUCUUGUAAACGGCACGGUUUAACUCGAAACAUGGAAUGACAUCUAUCUUGGGGUCUGUUCAGCGAAAGUUUAACAUAAAAAUAUACCAAAUAUACUCUGUUUGAAAAUAAAAACUGUUACACACUUGACUCUUGAA